UUUUUUUUUGCCGCCUUAUCUUCUCCCCAAACUCCCACAAUCCGCCGGAAGGGGAAAUCGAAUUUUCCAACGGUUCAAAAUUUCCCUUCAUUUUCGCAACAAUGGAGGCGACCUGGGUCACCAAAUUCCCGCUAUCCUCCGCCGCACUGACCAAUUACCCGCCGCCGAUCACCGCUUCACUUCCCAUUUCCAGACGAACCCUAUUCAGGUCAAGCGAAUCCCGCCAUUGGGUUUCUUACGGAAUCCACAGCGUUACUCACUACCCAUUACCUAAAUUGACUCGAAGGCUGUUUCUUCCUUCCGUUUCCGGCAUAUGGGAUGCGAUAACCGGCGGAGAUAAAGCCAGGGAAGCUGUUCUGGCCGUCCGUCGGGGAAUGCUGCUCUUUCGACAAGGAGAUGUGGUUGGUUCCUUAGCGGAAUUCGAUAAGGCGAUUGAGUUGGAUCCUCGUCAGAAGGCAUGUAGGAAGUUUGAGUCUUUAUGGAUAUUGGUUCUUCUCCCUUUCCUUAUGGAUGAAUUGGGAGUUUCUUUUCAGAUAUGUGGCAAAGGGGAUUAUCUCUUUACUAUCUGGACAGAACGGAGAACAAGGGUAAAUAAACUUUUGCAAACAAUUGAAUGUGGAAUACGAUCUUAUGCAAUUAGGUUCGAAGAAGGCGCAGAGCAAUUCCGGCUUGAUGUUGCGAUGAACCCAAAUGACACAGAGGAAUCUAUCUGGUGCUUUCUUUGUGAAGCUCAGUUGUUUGGUGUUCAUGAGGCAAGGAAGCAAUUUCUCGAGGUUGGUAGAGAUCCGCGGCCAGUCAUGAGAGAAGCUUACAAUAUGUUUAGAGAUGGUGGCGAUCCGGAGAAGCUGCAUUUUCCAAUGGCCGCGAGAAUGAGUACUUCUACGCCUCUCUAUACACUGGACUUUACCAUGAAUGCCAGAAAGAAGCAGAUUCAGCUAAGUUCCAUCUGGUUGCAGCUUGCAAGUCUGUAUAUGGGAAAAAAUCUGAUGACUAUAUGGCUUCUCUUGCUAAAGUUCACUGUCAAUGUAGAAAUUGGAGCAUUGACUAAAAGAGUGAAGAACAAAGAAGAAAGCGCUCAUGCUUUGAUACAAGUUCUCUGCCUCUCCAGUGUCCACCAUGAUGUAAUUCCCGAGCUGUCCAACUGGAGUCAAGGGAAAAUUGGAUAGUCGGAUCAGGUGAUUCAGCCCAAACGAACAGGUCUGUUGAGAGAGAGAGAGAGAGAGAGAGAGAGAGAGAGAGAGAGAGAGAGAGAGGCAAUUCAAUGUCACUUGUAAAUAACAUUAUUGUUUUAUGAUUUGUAAUGUUUUCUCAUCUGGAUUUGUAACGUCUCUGUGUUUAAUAAAAACUAUUGUACCUGCCGGUCAGACUGAAAAUACUAGAUACUGGGUCUAAAUUGGUAGGUGGUUUUAGUGGUGCAAAGAUGGUUCUUGCACAAGGUCAGUAAAAUCAUGUGUUGUCAAAACCGAACCGGACAUCGAUCCGGAUUAAUAAGAGGUUUAAAGUUUAUUGGA